GUGUGUGACAGGAGUGUGUGUUUGCUGGUGAUGAAGCUCUGGGUGGAGCAGAACACAUUUGUUAUUCAAACAUUUCCCAGUAAAACAGAGUUUCCUCCUGUCCGUGUCACAGAUCCAGGAGAAGCCGUGUGUUGAGCAGAGAUGAGCGUUGUAGUCCGCUAAGGAGUCUUGUUGUGAACCCGGACAGGAUCCAUGUGUGUGUGUAUCAUGAGUGUGUGGACAUUGCUGCAGCUGCUGGUGUGUGUGUGUGUGGUGUGUGUCGUCGGUCAGCCGCUGGAGAGAGUGGAGCUGUCGGGCGGUCAGCAGCUCACCUGUGGUCAGGCUGUGUUUGACUGUGAGGUACGAUCAGCAUCUCCGGCCUGUAUCUAUGAGGAUGAGCGUGUGUCUGUGAGCCGUCUGCAUGUUCAGCUGGUGCAGUGUGUGGAGCAGAAGGCCUGGAGUGUGUGUUUGCAGAUCCUGCUCAACAUCACCGUCACAGACACGGGUGAGUCUGAGGCCAGCGCUGAUGAUGAAGAGCAUGAUGAAGAUCUGGAGAGUGUGUCGAGCAGUGCCAGUGUGUGUGUGUGUUACUCUUAUCCUUCACAUCGACACUCCAAAACACUGCACUUCACCUUCAACACCACCACACUGCAGGACGGCAGGACACUACAGGGGUGGAUGUCAUUAGCGGUGCUGGUACCGAAGGCAGAGUUCGGAAGUCCAGUGGUGGUUCAUUCUCCACACACCAACUCCACUACACAUCUCAUGAUUCCUUCACUAGAGGAAGUUUGUUCCAGGGGUUUAGAUGCCCUCUACUGUACAGCCCCCAGACUGUACAGCAGGUCUGCCCCUGAGGCUGGAGCGUUCCUCCUGUAUGUGUCUGAUGCGGAGAGAUGGAGAACACAGGAGUUUUCAGCGUGUAAGAGACACGAGCGUGACGGAGCCUGUGUGAAGCUGCCGUGGAGUAACGCCAGUCAGGAGUUUGGCGUCUCCUCCAGCUCUGUCGCCCCCUGCCUGUGUUUUGAGAUUUGGGGUAGUUUUCCUCGAGUGCAGUAUUGUCCGUUUGUGAAUGAAACAGUGUCCAGCAGGAGUGUGUCGGUGUCUCUGUCAGUCUCUUCUUCUCCUGCUGCUGUGCUGUGGAACUUCACCGCCCCCUGCAGGCUAGAGCUGGAGCUGCAGCUGUGUGUGUGGGACUGGAGGAACAGCAGCUGCAGCAGCGCUCACACACACACACACUCUCACACACACCGCUGGACCCAGACUAACCACACACACUGGCAGCUACAGGGAGAGUUCCUGCAUGUGCAGCGUCACCCUUCACUGUGUGUGCAGGUUAAAGUGUCUGGAGUGGGUCAUCUGGAUCCAGUGUGUCCUUUUGAAGUGAGGAGGAACCACUGGAGCAUCCCACUGGUGCUGUGUGUGUGUCUGCUGUGUGUAACGAUGCUGGGAGCAUAUGCUGUACAGGGAACACUGAAGAGCUGGGUGUUCAGGUGGCUGAAGGAGGAGGAGGAGGAGACCCCACUGGUGUCCUCUGUGGAUCUGCUGCUGAUCUCUCCUCCAGAUGUGGACAGUGUGUGUGUGCAGAUGUGUGUUCUGUCCUCCAGUCUGUCGGCUCUGGGCUUCAGUGUGUCUCUGGAUCUGUGCAGCGGCCCCACACUAUGUGCUUUGGGCCCCGGCCCCUGGCUGCAUGCAGGUCUGCGGCGUGGCGGGCGGGUGGUGCUGGUGGUGACCCCAGGGGCCUGCGCACGGGCGGAGCAGUGGAGCCGUGGGGCUCGGCCGGAGGAGCAGGAGCUGCUGGAGGACCGGUUCUGCCCCGAGGUGUUCGAGGCAUCGCUCAGCCGUCUGCGGGGCCACGCCGCCGGGCCCUUCCUGCUGGUGCAGUUUGAGGGCCGCUGCCCCCCGCAGGCCCUGCCGGAGCUGCUCCAGGGGCUGCCGCUGUUCAGCCUGCCCCGCCAGAGUCUGGCCUUCAUCACGGAGCUGACCCGAGGAGCCGCACACACACACACGAACACAAACACACACCUCAGAGCUGCUGCACGCAUGCUAUCAGGAGCGCUCCGAGACACAGGACACUCCAGACAGACACACACACACACACUGCAGCACAAACACAACAACACACACCCGGACUGCUGGAUCUGAGCGCACGCUGCAACCGAAAGAGCAGCUGUUACGCAGAAAUGCCUCUUAUGUGCUAAUCCAUACUAAAAACAUGCUACUAAACGCACUGUGUGUUUCAUUUAUAGUAAAACAUGGAGAGAACUCGCCACAGCGUCCUCUGCUGGUUUAUUUGUGUGUUCAACACGCAGCCUAUCAUUUUUUUGUUUAUUUAUUUGGAUUAAUAAAAUAGCAUGUAAAGGAAAAUAGGCCAAAUAUUAAUCACGAUUAAUCACAUGCAAAAUAAAUGUUUGUUUUGACACAA